UAAUGUUUAUUGAUCUUGUAUAUUUUAUUCCGUAUGUAAAAUAUUUCUAAAUCAAUGAAUGUAUGUCAUAUUUUUAUUUCUUAGAUAUUUAAUUCUUCUAAUCAGUUUAAUUCGAGAAAAAAAUACUAAAGUUAAAGAAAUUCUUAAAGUACUUGGAAUUGAACCUAUUUUAAAUAAUUUUGCUCAAGCAAUUCGAACAUUAAUUAUUCUUUGUUUUUUAACUGUAUUAUUAUGUAUUAUAUUUAAAUUAAAAUUAAAAUCUGAUGAAUAUUUUCAUACAGUUAGUCUGGCUUUUCUUUUUCUUGGAUAUUUAAUAUAUGCUUUACAAUUAAUAUCAUUUUGUAUAAUGAAUGUACAACUAUUUGAUAAAACUAUUCGUGCAGUAUUAGGCACUUUUUUCAUACAUGCUCUAUCAAGAUUUAUAUAUUCAUAUGCUGUUGUAUGGCCAACAGCUAUACAAUAUAUAUUGAUAUUUAUUAGUCCCUAUAUUGCUGGACGUUCGAUUUUUCAACAAGCGAUUUUACACGAUUUAGCAUAUAAAGAUGUAGCAUUCUUUCAAGCAAUUUACCGUCAUGUACCAAUAUAUUUUGUAACAUUGUUUAUUAUGAUUGUUAGUUGUGUUUUCUAUUGGAUUUUAUCUUGGUAUUUGGAAAAAGUUUUUCCAGGUGAAUAUGGUAUUCCACUUGAUUGGAAUUUUCUUUUCAAACGAAAUUAUUGGCGUUUGGAAAAAGUUAAUUAUCCUACUGAAGCAGUUCCUGGUCGUGCUGUACCUCUUAAAGUAACUCAUUCGAAUAGUACACCUAUUGUACAUGUAGAUCAUCUUGUUAAACAAUUUGGUCCAGAUAAAAUUGCCGUUAAUGAUGUAUCAUUUGAUUUAUAUGAAAAUCAAAUAACAUCAUUACUUGGACCAAAUGGUUCAGGUAAAACAACCAUAUUCAAUUGUUUAAUUGGAAUACAUAGACAAACAUCGGGUACAAUAACAAUGGAAAGUGAAGAUGGAAGAGAUUUUGAUACACGAACAAAUAUGGAAUUAUUAAGAAAAUCGAUGGGUUAUUGUCCUCAACAUGAUAUUCUUUUUGAUUUAUUAACUAUAAAAGAACAAAUUGA